UGGAGUGAUUCUACGAGAGUGCCCUAUAAUGAAUGAUCAGACAUCAAGAAGAAUGGCAUCUCAUGGUUUGAAACACUUCAGCGGAGAGGUAGUGGAAGAGAAAUUUCUCACGUGUUCAAUAUGCUUGGAAAAGUUCAAAACUCCCAAACUUUUGCCAUGUCUCCACACCUUCUGUCUGAAAUGUCUGAAGGAUCACGUGGACCGUUCUGCCAAGAACGGUUCGUUUCCUUGUCCCAACUGCAGACAACCCACUGAUGUUCCCACCGACACCGACACGGGCUUCAAGACCAACUUCUUCAUGAACAGUCUGUUGGACUUCUUCGCUGACACUGAUGCCGGCCACACUUGUUCAUUUUGCUUGUCCACAGGAAAAACAGAAAAAGCCGUGUCCAAAUGUAUCGACUGCUCGGAUUAUUUGUGUGAAAAAUGCACCGGGGUCCAUGGAAUGACACGACAAACUGUAAAACACAAAGUCAUUUCUAUCGAUCAACUUGUCAGAAGUGGAGUGGAUGAAGAAACGUCGGCGAAGGCGGGAUUCCCGUGCUCGGAACAUCCUGAGGAAAACGUUCGCUAUUACUGCACUGUUUGUGAGAAACCAGUGUGUCGAGAUUGCAAGGCAUUAGAUCAUCACCAGCACCACUGUAUUGCAUUCCAGGAGGCUGCCAAAGAACGCAAGUCGAAGAUGAAAGAGUCACUGUCCUUUCUAAAGGAUCAGUUAGAACAUGCUAAAAUGAUGAAGCGCUCGGCUAUUGAAGACAAGGAAAAAGGAAAGAAGUGUUCUGAACACCACGUCCAGGAAAUUGAGACGAUUUUUAACGAAACAGUUAUGUACUUGAAAUCUCUUAAAAAAGAAGCAAUCAACCAGAUAAAUGAACAAAAUGCUACAUUCUCCAAACAAAUGACGGCGGACGAAGGAGAGGCAGAGAAACGCUGUAAGCAGAUCAAGAGCUUUCGGGAAUAUCUGACGAAUGUACUGAAUGUAGGCACUGAUGUGGAGAUUUUAGAGACAUAUUCCCUGGCCAGAAAACAGAGCCUUUGUCCAGAACAAGUCCUGAAUAAGAAAGUUCACAUUCAUAACCCACAUAUAAAUUAUGGACAAUGUGAGGAUCAACAUUAUAGGUUUGGACAUUUCGGAUUCCAACCUGCCGCUGCAAACCGCCUCCCAGAAAGUCCAAGCAAAACACUGAAAGCAUUUACUGCUGCUAUAAACAAAAGACUUACGGAUUUCAUAAACGCUGGCGUGGGCUACAUGAACACACAGAGGCAAAAAAUCCUGAACAAACCAAGUUUCCGUCAAUAAUUUAUAUAUUUAAUCGAUUUCAUAAGCAACACCCUUUAACAGCGACAAUUCGUCUCAAUUGUUCAGGCUAACAAUGUUCUGAUGUUGAAAAUAGACAAAAGUAUAGGAGUAUAACCUCUAUGAAUCAACUUUACUAAGUGACUAUUUUCUGGAGGGCAUAAGCAAACUGCACAUCGACCAUUUUACGAAAACUGUGUUGGUGUACUUAUAAAUACGUGCAAUAUAUGCUGAAAAGGCGGGUUUUAGAUAUGGCCAGACUAGUGCAUGUCCAGAACCAUGUACUUAUCCAGCAGAGAAACACACACUGGCACAGUCUGUAACACAGCAGACAUUAUGGCAUGGGCUUAAUUUAACUGGACUUAUCCUCAAGAAGAAAACUCGUAGAUGAGUUACCAGUCCCAGUAUACAUAUACUUUAUGAUUUUAACUUGUCAGCUGUUAAAAUGGAGAGUAAGUUUCAGUGGAGCAAAGUAUUAUGGGUUGGGCUUCUUAUUAUAAGUCGGUGUUUAACAUACGUGCAGUCUUAGCCUUAGAUAACGCCAUUUACGGUGACAAUGAAUAUUAUGUUCAACAAUGGAUCAAGAAUGGCAUCAGUUUUCAUGCCUGUAUUAUAUUUUAAUUUUUCGUUUUCAAUAUUCAAUUCAUUUUAUUUUAUUUCAUCAAUAUUUUGCACGCAUGUCAGUUUGAUGAAAAAUAAUAUAACGAUAUACAAGGCGGGAAUAAAACGGGAAUUAUAAUGAAUAUAUAAUGUAUACAAUGGUGCAGAGUACUGGUGAAAUUCACGUAAGUUAAUUUUUUUAAUAUACAUAGAUAUAUGUAUAUAUAGGCUGUUAGUGACAUUUCCAUAGAUUAGUUUUCCUUAAUGCGCAUUCAUUCAUUCAUGUAUAUAUAAGUCUUUAUCAGAUAACCUUCGUGGUGGUCUCCAUGGUCUGGUCGUUAGCUUGUUAGCGCAGCACAAUGACCCAGCAGCCUCUCGACAAUGCGAUCGGUAUGAGCUCAAGUCCAGCUCAUGCUUGCUUCCUCUCGUACGUGAGGAGGUCUACAGGCAACCUGUAGUGACUUUCUUCCGGGCUGUGUCCAGUUUCC